AUGGUCAUCAGGGGUGCUUGCAGUCGGUUAGAAAAAGGCUACGAGCUAGGAUUGAGAGUGAAGGAGCAGCUGGAUGAAAGGGGUUGCACCAUCAUACUCGAGGACAUCGUCCACGAAGUCGUGGAAGACCUCAACGCGUGCUAUCGUAACUUUGUGCGACAAAGGAUCGGUGGUAUCGAGGGACGGAGAUUGGAUCGGCCAUCAGUGGAGGGAUCGGCGGUGUCACCCGAUCGGACGGCUCUGUCCUGCGGAGUGCACAUCCGGUGGGGUGACGCUGAGAUGUUUGAAGGAACGAUGGAGAAGCCGCGAGAUUCGAUGCAGCUAGCUCACAUCAACGACAUCAUCUCAAAAUUGCGCGCACGGUUCGUCAAGCUCGACAUUCGGGUCGUGAUACGAAACCCACGACGACAGGUUUGCCGAAGAGGAGUUGCUUUACUGGAAGGGAGCAGCAUAGCUUGUAUACGAAGGUGA